AUGAUAGAUUUAGUAGCUAGGGAUUCGCCCACAGAUACAUGUCAAACGGUAAGUGAAUACAAUGGUCAUCAAAAUUUACGGAUCCUUGCCGUUUUCAUAAUUAUGAUUUCAUCAGGCCUUGGGGUGUAUUUCCCAAUUCUAUCUUCUAGAUAUUCAUUCAUACGACUGCCCGAUUGGUGUUUUUUCAUUGCUAAAUUUUUUGGUUCAGGAGUCAUUGUGGCUACUGCAUUUAUUCAUUUACUACAACCUGCUGCUGAAGCCCUAGAUGACGAUUGUCUUGGGGGUACUUUUGCAGAAUAUCCUUGGGCAUUUGGGAUUUGUCUAAUGUCUUUAUUCUUAUUAUUCUUCACUGAAAUUGUUACACAUUAUUAUGUAACAAAAGCAAUGGGUGGAGAUCCUCAUGAUCAUGAGGCAAUGAUAGAUCAUGACGAUUCAAGUUCUCAUGAUGAGAGUCUAGAUAUCUCUGCCUCAUCAAAUCUUAAUGAUACUGUCAAUUCUAAUCCUAAUAAUAUUGAAGUUUUUUAUAAUAGAGAAGUGAGUAAUAUUGAUGGAACUCAUAAUCAUUAUGACGAUUCAAAAAAUAAUAACAGAAAUUCUGCAGACGUUAGUAUCUUAAAGAAAGAACAAUAUACAGAACAUAACUACGAGUAUAACCAAAACAUAGAUAAAGAAACUGGAGACUUUGACGAUUAUAAAUUAGAUCUAGAAUCUGGGAUGAACAUUCCAACUUUACCCAGCCAAAAACCAUUAAGCAAAUUAGUCUCUGUUCCAGGUAAAGAUCAUUUUGGCCAUGAUGACGAUCAUCAAGAUGUGUCACAGAUAGGCACACCUGUAAAUCAAAAGGAAAGAGAACAAUAUUUGAAUCAAAUCUUCUCAGUGACAAUCUUAGAAUUUGGUAUCAUUUUCCAUUCUGUCUUUGUCGGUUUAUCUCUAUCUGUUUCAGGUGAAGAGUUCGAAACAUUGUUCAUUGUGCUAACUUUCCAUCAAAUGUUUGAAGGGUUAGGUCUAGGAACUAGAAUCGCAGAGACCCCUUGGCCUAAUAGUAGAAGAUUCACACCAUGGAUUAUGGGCCUUGCAUUUACAUUAACCUCACCAAUUGCUGCAGCAAUUGGUAUUGGUGUCCGUAACUCCUUUUUACCAGGUUCUAGAACUGCAUUGAUUACAAAUGGUGUCUUUGACUCCAUUUCUUCUGGGAUCUUGAUCUACACAGGUCUUGUGGAAUUAAUGGCUCACGAAUUUUUAUAUUCAAACCAGUUUAAGGGUCCAGAAGGUUUUAAAAGAAUGCUCUGUGCCUAUUUUAUUAUGUGUUGCGGUGCAGCUCUAAUGGCACUAUUAGGUAAAUGGGCUUAA